GCACAAUAGAGGCUCCGCCCUCCCUCCUCGCCAGCUCUGCGGCGCCCUCGUCCAGCCACUCUCCCCUCCCGCACGCAGCCGCCUCUGUCCGCCCUGCACCGGAUCCCAGUGCGCCCGGGAGCUCCCCGAAGCCCGCCUUUCACCUGAGCCCACCCCAGCGGCGACGCGCUCCGUGAGCCCGCCUCCACCUCUGGGGUCACCCCUUCCCUGCGCCCUCUGCACAGUCAGGGCUGCUGGUGUCAGGAGAGAGAUGCUCAGGGUCUGCUGGGAGCAGACUUCUGCCCCACUCAGACGCACCCAGCUUUAGACGGUGCUCCCAGAGGUGGGUCAGUCUCAGGCUCCCGGGAAGACUCCUUCCAGCCUCAGUCUGCUGAGACCUCUGACCCAAGGUGGUCUCUGUAAAGGGACUGAAGUCCCAGUUCUUGCAUUUCUCAUGGCCGAGUCUCUGCCGUUAGUUCUUUGCUUUGCUCUGGUCAUGGCACGGGCCUGGGGGUCCAGUACUCCUCCCACAGGGACAAGCGAACCCCCUGACGUGCAAACAGUGGCGCCCACUGAGGAUGAGACUCUGCAAAACGAGGCGGACAACCAGGAGAACGUUUUAUCUCAGUUGCUAGGUGACUAUGACAAGGUCAAGGCUGUGUCUGAGGGCUCUGACUGUCAGUGCAAGUGUGUGGUGAGACCCCUGGGCCGAGAUGCCUGCCAGAGGAUCAACGAGGGGGCUUCUAGGAAGGAAGACUUCUACACUGUGGAAACCAUCACCUCAGGCUCAUCUUGCAAGUGUGCCUGUGUUGCUCCCCCAUCUGCCCUCAAUCCCUGUGAGGGGGACUUUAGGCUCCAGAAGCUGCGAGAGGCAGACAGCAGGGACUUGAAGCUGUCCACGAUUAUAGACAUGCUGGAAGGAGCAUUCUAUGGCCUGGAUCUCCUGAAGCUGCAUUCAGUCACCACUAAACUGGUGGGGCGAGUAGAUAAAUUGGAGGAGGAAGUUUCUAAAAACCUCACCAAGGAAAAUGAGCAAAUCAAAGAGGACAUGGAAGAAAUUCGAACUGAGAUGAAUAAGCAAGGCAAAAAGAACUGCUCUGAUAACAUCCUAGACAGCAUGCCAGACAUCCGUUCAGCCCUGCAGAGGGAUGCAGCAGCAGCUUACGCCCACCCAGAGGAACAGUAUGAAGAGCGGUUUCUGCAGGAAGAAACAGUGUCACGGCAGAUCAAUUCCAUCGACCUCCUGCAGACUCGGCCACUGGUCCCACCCACAGUGAUGAAGCCACAGUGGCCCUUGCAGAGGCAGGUACACCUGAGAGGUCGGCCAGCCUCCAAGCCCACCGUCAUCAGGGGCAUCACCUACUAUAAAGCCAAGGUCUCUGAGGAGGAGAAUGACAUCGAAGGGCAACAUGAUGAACUUUUCAGUGGUGACAGCAGAGUGGACUUGCUGAUUGAAGAUGAGCUCCUCAGACACGAAGACCUACUGACCAGUGCCACCCGAAGGUCAGCAUCCACCAGUCAUGGUGCUGCAGUGACAACUGACCCAAGCGUUCAGGCAGGAGCCUUGUCCUCAGUACCAACACAGGCCCCUGCCUCAGUGUUGCCAGACCCCACAGAGGUAAUACCUUCUACACAAGUCCCAACCACCACUGUGGCCUACACGGCCAUCCAGCCACCUCCAGCCUCUGCUGUUCCAGCACUGGUUCCUGGGGACAGAUUGGUAGAAGCUCUGCACAUUGCCCCAGUGUCUCCUGCCACAGUUGGGACAGACAUACCAGAGGAAGAUGGGACUGCAGGGCGGGGAGCAACCCCUGCUGGCCCCACCCUGAGCCCAGAAGAAGAAGAUGACAUCCGGAAUGUCAUAGGAAGGUGCAAGGACACCCUCUCCACAAUCACGGGGCCGACCACCCAGAACACAUAUGGGAGGAAUGAAGGGGCCUGGAUGAAGGACCCUCUAGCCAAGGAUGACCGCAUUUAUGUAACCAACUAUUACUAUGGAAACACCCUGGUAGAGUUCCGGAACCUGGAGAACUUCAAACAAGGUCGUUGGAGCAAUUCGUACAAGCUCCCGUACAGCUGGAUUGGCACGGGCCAUGUGGUGUACAACGGAGCUUUCUAUUACAACCGGGCCUUCACCCGUAACAUCAUCAAGUAUGACCUGAAGCAGCGCUAUGUGGCUGCCUGGGCCAUGCUACACGAUGUGGCCUAUGAGGAGGCUACACCAUGGAGGUGGCAGGGCCACUCGGAUGUGGACUUUGCUGUGGAUGAGAAUGGCCUAUGGCUCAUCUACCCAGCUCUGGAUGAUGAGAGCUUCAGCCAGGAGGUCAUCAUCCUGAGCAAGCUAAAUGCCAUGGACCUGAGCACACAGAAGGAGACCACGUGGCGCACAGGGCUCCGGCGGAAUUUCUAUGGUAACUGCUUCGUCAUCUGCGGGGUGCUGUAUGCUGUGGACAGCUAUAACCAGAGGAAUGCCAACAUCUCCUAUGCCUUUGACACCCACACCAACACACAGAUUGUCCCCAGAUUGCUGUUUGAGAAUGAGUAUUCCUAUACCACCCAGAUAGACUACAACCCCAAGGACCGCCUCCUGUAUGCCUGGGACAAUGGCCACCAGGUCACUUACCAUGUCAUUUUUGCCUACUGACACCAUUGACUCUGAAAAAAAAACCAAAAAAGCAGACAACAACAACAACAACAACAAAAGCAGAGGGGCCACUAGCACCUCAUGUGUGUUUAUGUGUGUGUCUGUGUGAGUGUGCAGGUAUGCAUGUGUUGUUUUAAAAUAUAUAUUAUUUUGUAUAAUAUUACAAAGGUAAAAUGACAUUUUGGGUCUAUUUUUUUUUAUAUGGAUUGUAGAUCAAUCCAUACGUGUAUGUGCUGGUCUCAUCCUCCACAGUUGGUAUUUUUGUGCAAAUUAACUUCUCCUUUUGACCAGUAACCACCUUCUUCCUUGCCUUCCACAAUUCCAGCUCCAAGAGUUCAAUUGUUGCAAGGUUUCUUCACCUGGCUCUUGCAGGUGGACUGCCAGGAGUAGGAGUGAAGGAGGCAAAAAGAAGGGCUAAGUGGUGGGAAAAGUUUUAUGUAUUGGAGAAGUUUUUUAAACCCAGAAAAAAAUUUUAAUAAAGGAGAAAUUUUAAAAUCU